AUGGCCUUCACGGGUGGUAUACUCACGUCAAUCGCUCGGGUAUUAUGGAAACCACAGCUUACCGCCGUCCGAUACAGAUAUCACGCGGACAAGGUAGAGCGUGGCCCGCUUGUAAGACGGUACGGUUACAAGGAUAGAAUACUGCAGCGAGGUCUUCUGCCCCAUCUGGAUAAUGGGCAGAAGCUACCAAUGCCGGACUACAAACCCAAGAACGCUUGGUGCGAAAAGCGAGCACUGUUCGGCCAGAAUGAUUACAUCGACAUUCUUGGUAGUGAUCGGUUGCAUCCUACCCGUGUACUGUACUCUGUACCGUCGUGGCUCCGUGGUGUAUCCGGCAAUGAAUAUCAGGUGCUGCUCCGAAAACGGAAAAUGCUCAGCCGCACCAUCUAUCCUGUCGCUCGACCCACAAAGUGGCGCGAUAUGGAGAAACGCAUUUCGUACCUGUACCGGUUCUUGAAUCGCAAAACUAAAACAGGCUUUUCCAACGUUUAAAUUCAGGUUGUUCGGCAUGCCUAGUAGCACCAUUAUAGACAUUAAAUAAAGCUAAUU